AUGCGCAUCCUUAACGACCACGGCCUUCAAGCUGACAUUAAGAAGUGCGAGUUCAAUGUCUAUAAGACCAAAUUCCUCGGCUUUGUAAUUAGUUUCAGCCAGCUUUGCAAGCCAUUGAACGCCCUCACCGCCAAGGAUACUCCCUUUCUUUUCAAUUCAGCUUGCAAAGAAGCUUGGGACAAGCUUAAGGCUGCUUUACAACACGCUCCUAUAUUGUGCCACUACGACCCAUACAAGCAAACACCUGACGCUCUCUCACGCCGUGAUCAGGAUAUCUCUCCCUUAGAAGCUCGCCAGCGCGCGGUCCGGAAGCAGCAGUUACUCCCUGCUGAUAAAAUCUCCUCGGAAGUACUGCGCGACAUACGGCCUUCUAUCGAUGUUGUUGACUGCAGUCAACAUUCCUUUACUCUUACACCACUAUCCAUUCUUGACGAGCUCGCUCAAUUCUGCUCAAUAGAUGAUUCCGUUACAGUAGUCCACUCUAUCCUAGUGGUUUUGGCUCUAGUGCAUGAUGUCCCACCGCCCUUUCUUAUUUCGAAAGACGUAUUGCUCGACGAAGACCCUUCAGACCACACCAAUAUGAUUGCUUACGAUAUCGAUAGCUACGAUAUUAUCGAUCGCGUGCUUCAAGCUAAUGCUGAUUCGCCCUUACUGCAAGACAUCCGCGAAUCAAAAAGGCUUAGUGCAGAUAUGGUACGUUAUAUUGCGAAUUGCAAAUGCGCUAAGAUGAAAGCCAAACGCGAUAAAACCCUCGGAUUACUCGUGCCCCUUCUUAUUCUAGCCCGAGCUAAUCAACACCUCACAAUGGACUUCACUGAAUUGCCAUUGGAUGAAGAAGGUCAUGAUUUUAGCUUAGUGCGCUAUUUCGGCAACCCCGACUCUAUUGUCUUCGACCGCGGCCCGCAGUUUAUAUUAACGUUUUGGCGUAAGCUUUGCCGCACCGUAAGAACUAAGGUCAAGCUUACUACAGCUUACAACCUUAAUGUCGAUGGUCAAACUGAAUCACUUAAUGGAAUUACACCUUUUCAAGUAGCUAAUAGAUACGAAUCACGCUCUUCUUUCGACCUAGUUAACCUCGAUCCUCCGUCCUCGGCUACGGAACGCCUUAAUCGUAAAGAAGCAAUUCAAGUGGCUACUAGAGCUCAAGAUGCUAUCAAAUUCGCUCAAUCCUCAAUUGCAACCCAACAAGACAAAAUAAAGCGACUCGCCGACCUACGCAAACGGCCUGUCGAUUGGACCGUUGAUGAUAAAGUAUAG